GUGUCGUCACGUCUGGGUGGAACCCUCUUAUCUUCCGGGCUGGGGCUGCCGUACCCUCUUUCGCUCCCUCAGGGAAUAGUUGUUGUCGGCUCCAUCUUGACAGCAGCAGCGGUUCCUCUCCAUUUCCUCCGGCUCCUCAGGUCUGCUGUGCGGCUGCCCGUGAGUGUGAGCUCCUGACGAGAAUGUCAUACCCAUAUCAGCAGCAAUCGGGGUUCCCUGGAUAUCCAGGCUAUCCAGCAGGUGAUCCAGCAUAUACUCCUGGCGGCCAGCAAGCGUACCCUGGUGGGCAAUAUCCACCUGCUGGUGGAGGUGCAUACCCACCAGCAGCUGGAGGUGGAUACCCACCACCUGGAGGAUACCCUGCUGCUGGUGGCUAUCCUGGUGGGAUGCCUUCAUAUCCUCAAGGUCCUGGAUAUGGAGCUCCGGGUCAAGGUGCAGGAUAUGGAGCACCGGGUCAAGGUGCAGGAUAUGGCGCUCCUCCUGGUGCCCCGGGUUAUGGAGCACCAGGUGGAGCUCCUGGCUAUGGUGGAGCUGGUUUUGGUGCCCCAUCCGGUGGAUUUGGAGCUCCAGCAGGAGGACAAUAUGGGGCUGGAGGAUACAAUGUUCCACCAGGUGGUGCUCCUGCAGCGGGUGGGUAUGGUGCACCACCUGGAGGGGCUCCUGGAUAUGGAGGAUACCAGCAGCCUUCUGUUCAGACCUAUGGGGGAGGAGCACCAGGUGGAUAUCCAGCAGGACCCGCACCAGGGCAGCAGCCUGCACCGUUUGCAGCAGCCAUGGCUGCGACUCAGGGCACCAUCAGGCCUGCAGCAAACUUCGAUGCAUUGGCAGAUGCGGAAAAGCUGAGGAAAGCCAUGAAGGGGUUUGGAACUGAUGAAAAAACAAUAGUUGAUGUUGUUGCGAAUCGCUCUAAUGACCAGAGACAGAAAAUUAAGGCAGCAUUUAAAACUGCUUAUGGCAAGGAUUUGAUUAAAGAUCUGAAGUCUGAAUUAAGUGGCAAUGUUGAAGAACUCAUCAUCGCGCUGUUUAUGCCUCCCACCUACUAUGAUGCUUGGAGUUUGCAUAAUGCCAUGAAGGGUGCAGGAACGAAGGAGAAGGUGCUGAUCGAGAUCAUGUGCACCAGGACUAAUGCUGAAAUCAGGAACAUAGUGCAAUGCUACAAGUCAGAAUUUGGACGGGAUGUUGAAAAAGAUAUCCGAUCUGACACCUCUGGCCACUUUGAAAGACUGCUUGUGUCUAUGUGCCAGGGUAAUCGGGAUGAAAGUACCAAUGUGAAUGUGCAGCAAGCUGAAUCCGAUGCCCAGCGCCUCUACCAGGCUGGGGAAGGGAAGUUGGGAACAGACGAGUCCUCCUUUAAUCUGGUGCUGGCAAGUCGAAGCUUUCCACAAUUGAAAGCUGUUGCCGAGGCCUAUGCCAGGAUUUCAAAGCGGGAUUUGCUUACUACAAUCGGCCGUGAAUUUUCUGGCUACAUAGAAGAUGGAUUGAAGGCAAUCUUGCAGUGUGCUAUAAACCGUCCAGCCUACUUUGCGGAGAGACUUUACAAGUCCAUGAAGGGAGCUGGUACAAAUGAUUCCACUCUGAUCCGAGUUGUUGUUACCCGCAGCGAGAUUGAUCUUGUUCAGAUCAAACAAGCCUUUGCCCAGACGUACCAAAAGAGUCUUGCCUCCAUGAUCCAGAGUGAUACAAGUGGGGACUACAGAAGUCUGCUGCUAGCAAUAACUGGCCAGUAGGAUCCAUGCUGUGAAAGGAGGAUGACUGGGAGCAUUUAUAUAUGGAGGUUCCAGGAAUAUC